AUGUUUGUCAUUCGAUUUUCGAGAUAUUUUCCGCAAAAUACUGUAAAUAUUUGGAAAGCCAACAAUAAAUCUCAUGGCACCCGGCAUAGCUAUUCAACACGUUAUUUUCGCGAUUUUGGUCAAAAAAAAUUAGGGGAAACUCGAGAUGAACCAAGUAUUCUGUUGGAAGUAGUGAAAAAACCACAACGAAACAAUCAAAAAGACGAAGAGAAAUUAGAUCCAGUAUUAUUGGAACCCGAAAGACAUCAACCAACACACAACGUAGUAGUCUGCGACCUAGAACUCCGAUCCUACACUACCGGUCCUAUGGACUUUUACAUAGAUUUUAUCCGCCGCGCGGCAUUUGCACUCGGAAUACCGUGCUCCGGACCUGCCUACCUCCCGAAGAAAAUCAAACGAUGGGCGGUUCCCCGCGGUCCAUUUAUCCAUAAAAAAACCCAAGAGAACUUUGAGCGAAUCACGCAUCGUCGAAAUUUACGACUACGCGAUGCGAAUAUGACAGUGAUUGACCGUUUGCUAUAUUAUGUGGCGAAGAAUGCGCCGGCUGGGAUUGGGUUCAAAGUGAAAAAGUGGCAGUGGGAAGAGAUUGGGGUCGGGGUGAGGAUGUUUGAAGAGGCAAGAGGAAAAGAGAGGGUGUUGUUGAAGAAUGUCGUGCAAAAAUAA